AUGGAUGUUGCGUCAGUGGCCGUCAUCGGCGCCGGCGCUGCAGGAGCUGUAACGGCAUCGGCCCUCAAGGCAGAGAAUUAUUUUAAACGAAUUCGAGUAUUUGAACGGCGCGAGACGGCCGGCGGUGUUUGGAUCCAAGAUGUCGAAUCCAACAAGUCGCGGCCCUUUGAACCAGGCAAACUUCCUCCCGAUAUUGACCGGCCGUUACAAAUACCUAGCAAGUUACCACAAGCUCUACCGCAUAAUCAACAAGAACGAUGGGAAGAGACGCCGAUAUACAAGUCUCUGACAACAAACGUUCCUCACAUUGCCAUGUGUUUCUCCGAUUCUAUAUUUCCGUAUGGACCCUUUGUCCCUCAUUAUGUGGCAAGACAAUAUAUCGAAAACUACUUCUCUUUGCACCAAACAGACUCCUUUCUCGAACUCAACACCACGGUCGAAGACUUAUCCUGGGUACCAUCAUCUUCACACAAAAACGGAGGCAAUUGGAAAUUGACUCUUAGAAAAGGUGACGUAGCAAGACGCCAAGAUAUGUGGUGGGAGGAGCAUUUUGAUGCUGUUAUUUUGGCUAACGGCCACUACUCUGUACCAUAUGUCCCACGAGUUCCCGGCCUCGAAUCAUAUACGAAAACAUAUCCCGGUCGUGUUUCUCACUCCAAGUUCUACCGAUCGCCAGAAAAGUAUUACAACAAGCGUAUUAUUGUAGUUGGAAACUCUGCAUCCGGCCACGACGUAGCUGCCGAUCUCGUAUCAGUCGCCAAGAAGCCUAUAUACUGGUCAAUCCGGUCCAAGACACGAUGGGACGGCCCAGAGGCUCCCGAGGGCAUGGAGUGGAAACCGACUAUUGAGGAAUUCCGUGCCGAAGACGGAUCCGUCUUAUUCAGCGAUGGCAGUAUUCUUGAAGACAUUGACGCCGUCAUCUACUGCACGGGCUACAAGUCAUCGUUUCCCUUUUGGAACACAGCUGCCAACGGACACCCUCUAUGGGACUACAAGACAGACAGAAUGAUUGGAAACUAUCAGCAUACUUUUCUACGUAGUUCCCCUACGAUUGGUAUUGUCGGGUUACCCCGUACACUGACCUUUCGCAGCUUCGAGUACCAGGCGAUAGCGCUGGCUCGUCUGUGGUCGAAUAGGAACAAGUUUCCUCUACCCAGUAUUGCUGAACAGGAGAAAUGGGAAAUGGAACGGAUCAGACAAUCACAGGAAAACAAGACCAAAUUUCAUAAUAUCCCAUGGGAUACGGGCGAGACGCAUGAAUAUCUCAACUACUUGUAUAGCUUUGCAGGGCUGUCAACGCUUGCUGGCGACGGAAGAGUGCCACCGCCGUUGACGAGGGAGAUGGUGUGGGCUAUUGAGAAUAUUCGCAAGUAUCCUGAACCUGGAAAGGACAAGAAACCGCGUGCUAAUGUAAAGGAGGACGAAUAUCGCGGUUGGGUAGUCGUGAAACCGUAG